AUGCGUGGAUGUUUGUUUUUGAGCUUUCAGUGCCCUCAGAGCAGUAAACCAGGGACUGAGGUACACAGAAGGGGUUUAUUAGGGCAUCUUGAGCCACCUUUUCUGGGUUCAUCAUGUCUGUAAAACACGCCAUUAGCCGGGGGCUUGAGCUGGGCCGGUCCUUCCUUCAGAUUGGUCUCCUUAAAUCAGGCGGCCGAGUCGCAGCAAAGCUCCGAGCUGACCGUUUUCGUGUAGGCCAGUCGGUCCGCACCGUUCAGCCUCAGGCUUUCCUGCCGUCCCGGUACCGCUAUUACCGCACUUCUCUGACGGGCCUGGCGGCCCAGCUUCAGUCCGCCGGCUUCAGGAGGAGGUGGACCGGCGGGUCGCCCCGGAACAGGGCCGUGUUUCUGGCUUUUGGCCUCGGCGUGGGGCUUAUCGAGCAGCAGCUGGAGGAGGACAGACGAAGCGCUGCGACAUGUCAAGAGAUCCAGGCUGUGUUUAAGAAGAAAAGAUUCCAGAGCACCUUGAGACCUUUCGCCUCUGGGUUCAAACUGGAGGACUACAUUAUAGGGAACCAGAUCGGUAAAGGCUCAAACGCAGCUGUGUACGCGGCUGCAGCUCAGUUCGCUCGCCCUAAGGAGCCUGAGAGAGAUUCCUCGAUGUUGGAACUUAGGGAUAAUGAAGAAGAUCUCCAGACGGUGCGAUCUCCAGCAUGCUGCUCCCUAAGAAGCUUCCCCUUGGCUAUCAAAAUGCUGUGGAACUUUGGGGCUGGAUCAUCAAGUGAGGCGAUUUUAAAAUCUAUGUCACAAGAACUUGUACCAUGUGGCCCUCUUGCCUUAAAUCAGGAAAAGGAGCAGAUUACUCUGGAUGGACAUUUUGGAGUGCUUCCUAAAAGAGUCUUAGCCCACCCGAACGUGAUCAGAGUUUAUCGGGCUUUCACAGCAGACGUGCCGCUGCUACCAGGUGCCUGGGAAGAGUAUCCAGAUGUGCUGCCAGCGAGGCUCAACCCCACAGGCUUGGGAGACAAUCGCACUCUUUUCCUAGUCAUGAAAAAUUAUCCCCGCACCUUGCGACAGUACCUGCAGGUUUCCACACCUAGCCGCUGGCAGGGCUCUCUAAUGGUGCUGCAGCUCCUGGAGGGGGUGGACCAUCUAUGCAGGCAGGGUGUUGCUCACAGAGAUCUGAAGUCAGACAACAUACUGCUGGAGUUUGACUCAGAUGCCUGCCCCCGUUUGGUGAUUACUGACUUCGGCUGCUGCCUGGCCCAGACUGACUCCAGCUUACAGCUCCCGUUCAACAGCAGGUGGGUCUGCAGAGGAGGGAAUGCUUCACUUAUGGCUCCUGAAGUAGCAACUGCAGCUCCAGGCCCUUGUGUGGUGAUUGACUACAGCAAGACAGAUGCCUGGGCUGUGGGGGCAAUCUCCUAUGAGAUAUUUGGACAACAUAACCCUUUCUAUAGAGCUAUGGGACUGCAGAGUACAACCUACCAGGAGAAGCAGCUCCCUCCUCUGCCUGCCAGUGUUCCAGCCGAUGUGCAACUAGUUAUAAGCCUGCUUCUCAGGAGGAACCCAAACAAGCGUCCCAGUGCUCGCGUAGCAGCUAACAUGCUGCACCUCAGCCUCUGGGGUCGCAGGGCUCUGGCCAAUCAAGACAGCGUUAGCAUGAGAAAACUGGCUGAUUGGCUGCUGUGUCAGUCGGCUGUGGUUCUCCUGCAGGGAUGCAGUGGACCAAGUGGGUACAGAGUGGAGUCGGAGCUGCAGAGGAGCUUUCUGUCGAACCUGGAGCUGGAAGACCUGCGCGCUGCCGUAGGCUUCCUCCUUUACGGACGAGAGCAGAGCCGUGCAUUCAUGACGUUCGCAUAGAUUCACUCACUUUAAACUCAGAAUUUCAAGUGAAAACUCUCUCACACUGUGUAUUUCUUGUGGGUAUAGUUAAUAAGCUAGUGGACAUAUAAUACUGUUUAUGUUGUGCAUCAUCUUUAUCAGUUUGAGCACUUAUUGUGGGUUGUAUUAUCCUUCUCCUGUGUGCCGCAUUUGUAACUGAUUUGCAUCAUACACAAUAUGCCUGCACAAGUCUUUGAUUUUGUUUGACUUAGCAUCACUAUAAAAAGAGUUUUAAGAGCUGCCACCACCUUUCAUGCAAAUGACAGCAUGUCUAACAAGUGCUUUGCAUUUAAGUCUCAGGGGAAAUGACAUUGGUGUCCCUGCAUCUAUUUUUCUUAACGUAAUUCCCUCAAAAUUAGUUAUCAGUACUGGAGAGUACUGAUGGCUACUUGUUAGUCUGUUGGAAGAGUUGUAGAUGUAAGAUCCUUUUAAUUUUUGAAAUGUCUCAAGCACUUUUUAAAUAUUUGCAAAGGAAAACCCCCACACCCAGUUAUUUUUAAACCUACUGCAUAGAUAUUGUAUGCCAGUACACCAAUGCAGAUAUUUUAAAUUAAAAGAAUGUAUUGCAGUUGUUAGGCUCUACUGUGUAGGGUAUCAUAGUGGGUGUCCCUGUUAAACAGCUGGUUGUCAUUGUGUGUGUAUAAGGCUGCAGAUAUUUCCACAUUGUUCUGUGUGCUUUAUGAACACAAUACAUAGAAAAAACAGGAUCCAUGUGAAGCUUUGAUUGUUUUUUGUUUUAUUGUUUGCAUUUCAUGUCCACGUUGCACAUUUUUAGAACUCUAAUCAAAGAUUACAGAUGGAAAAACUAAAUAAAUGGACAUAAAUUUGUGAUGUUCUUCCUCAAUAUGUGCCAAGAUUAAUUACAAGAGUUGAAGGUUGCAAAUUAUCUGCUUACAUACAGUGAGGAUUAUUUUUCAAAUAUAUAAAGAAAAUGACUUUAAAAAUAAAAGAAUUUGAAAGUA